GUUUCUGUCCGCGUUGGAGGUGCCGAGCCCCUUGCCGUCGUCGCCGCCGCCGCCGCGUGACGUGGCAGAGUCUGAGCUCCAGCGCGAGCGGCGGACGUGGUCUCGGCAGUAGGUCGACCUCGCUCGCCCGCCCGCCGCAGCCCUUUCCUGCAGCCUUUCCCGCGCGGCGCCCGCUCCCUUCCCCUCUCCCCCACCCCCGCGCCGCCCCGCUCACGAAGCCGGUUCCCACCUGCAGAGCCUCGGCGCAGGUCCCGACAGCGCCGGCGCCGUCCGCCUCCCCUUGGCUUUGCCCUCUUGCAGCCUCUCGAGGGCCCAAGCGGGGGAACCCGGGGAACGCCGCGAUGGGCCUCACCAUCUCCUCCCUGUUCUCCCGCCUCUUCGGCAAGAAGCAGAUGCGCAUCCUGAUGGUUGGUUUGGAUGCUGCAGGAAAAACAACCAUUCUGUAUAAACUGAAAUUAGGGGAGAUAGUCACCACCAUUCCCACUAUUGGUUUUAAUGUUGAAACAGUAGAAUAUAAAAACAUUUGCUUCACAGUAUGGGAUGUUGGUGGUCAAGAUAAAAUUAGACCUCUUUGGAGGCAUUACUUCCAAAACACACAGGGUCUCAUUUUUGUGGUAGACAGCAAUGACCGUGAGAGAAUUCAGGAAGGAGCAGAAGAGCUUCAGAAGAUGCUUCAAGAAGAUGAGUUGCGUGAUGCAGUGCUCCUGCUUUUCGCUAACAAGCAGGAUUUGCCAAAUGCUAUGGCAAUAAGUGAAAUGACAGAUAAAUUAGGUCUCCAGGCCCUUCGCAACAGAACUUGGUAUGUUCAAGCCACCUGUGCUACACAAGGAACUGGUCUGUAUGAGGGACUUGAUUGGCUGUCAAAUGAACUCUCAAAACGUUAAAUCAGACUGGAUAACCAAGGACACCUUUGAUAGAAUUGGUCUAGGCUUGUUAAAACAACAUUAGUUUGCAUCUUGGUUAUUAAACAGUAUCCAGAACUGGUUGAGCAGAAAAUUGCAGCAUUUUAAAACUUUAUUUUGUUGCCAUUUAUUGUUUACCAAGUUUUAUGUUGCUACUAUAGCAUUAUGCUUGGAUUAGAUUCUCCUUAACUUUAAGAAAAGGGUUUUUAUCUGAUUUUACUUUCCCUAGUCUAAAAGCCUGGACAUAGCAAUUUUGACAUCCUUACAUGAAUGUUUUGAAUUUUUUUUGAGGCCCAAUGAAUAUUUUAAAAAUUUCCCCUGCUACUUUAGUUUACUGAUACCUUAUGUCAUUCCUUGGGCAGUCUGCUGAUUUUUAAAAAAAUGUAGCAUUCCAUUUGUAUUUAUUUUUCUCCCUUGCCAAAAAGACUUACUAAUACUGCUUGUGCCAGCCAAGAAAAUGCUCUAAAACACUAUUCAGAUGUACUGCACUGAGCAACAUUUUGAUUAACCCUUGGCUUCCAUCGGCUCAGCUUACCUUGGUGCGAAUUGGAUUUGACGGAUAGAAUAGUUCUAUGCUGGUUGCGGAAGUUCAUUUUGAGAUUUUUUUUUAAAUAUUCAGCAGGCUGUCUUUCUUUUCAUUGUAUCUCUUAUGUUGCAUGUUGCUUUUGGUAUCAGCCUGAUUGUUUUUGCCCAGUGUAUUAUAGGUCUGCUGUUUUAUUGUUCAUUGGUGAACACAUCUUCAUGAAGAAUGACUUUGAAAAAUUCUUCAAACUCGAUCAUUAGUUUCUUCAUAACCCACUUGGAAUUAUUCCUAAUAAAAUGAUAAAUUGUA